GGGAUCCUCUCAGAAGCUUCCACUCUCUUUUGGAACCCUCUCUUCCUCCCUGAGGCCCCUUUUCCCCUUUAGGCUUCCCCACGACCCUCCAUCCCCUCUGGAGCUCUCCAUCCCUGAGGCCCCCACUCCUUUUUGGGGCUCCCUUUGAGGACCCUCCAUCCCCAGGCCCCCCAGUCCUUCCCAUCCCCUCCCACCAUGGAGAUCAAGUACGAGUACACGCGGAAGCGCAGCGAGUUCGGGCGGCCCUGCAGCUUCUCGGACUUCCUGGCCGAGGUGACCGUGGACAUCCCACCCGACCCCAGCCUGGCUGAAGACUUCAUCCCCCAGGACCCCGUGGACUUUGCGGUGCAGGAGGGCCCUGUCAUGGCCUUGCACGAGGUGAACACGGAGCGGGUGCAGGUGGCCAUCAAGGGUGUGAACCAUGUGGAGGGGGGGUGGCCCAAGCACAUUGACCCCAAGAAUUCGGAGCUGACCACGCGCUACCGGGAGGAGGUGGAGAGGGAAGAGGUCUACACCAGGAGUGUCCAGCGCCUCAGCUCCCUGAUGGAGCACUACAUCAGACAGAACAACAGCAUUGACAUCUACGAGGAAUAUUUUGAGGAGGAAGAGGAGGAGGAAGAUGAGGAGCAAGAGCAGCCCUCAGCCAAAACCAUAAAUGUCCUCAGGGACCCCAACAUGCCCAGGAGGAUGGCCACGCACCUCUCCUGGCACCCCGACGCCAACAGGGCAGUGGCCGUGGCUUAUUGCACCCUGGACUUCCAGGACAGCAGGAAGGACAUGAACUUUGAUUCCUACAUCUGGGAUCUGGGUAAGGGCAAUCCCACCAGGAGCUCAGGGAAGCACUUUGUGUCUCAGAGAGCAGGAUGA